UCUCUGUGAGGGGCAGGCUCAGAGUGUGCUGGAAGCCUGGGGCUGUUCUUUAGUGAGCCUCGCUCCAGUCGUUUAGUCACACAGGGAAACCAGAGCAGAGACGGAGGAGGAAGAGCAGAGCAGUCACACAAGAGGAGGUCUGACGACACUAUCCGUAUGCACCGACCCUUGUAUUUAACACAUGUAGACAUACAUGCACACGCGCAUGCUACAUUGAUACAGUGUAAACAAGGACCAUCUAUAUAAACACACUAGGUGUCACGGUGCAACACGUGUAUGCGGCGAGCCCUGGACGACUGGACUUCUGGCUGACUUCUGACCCGGACACGUAGCGAGCGUGUGUUUAAGUGUGUGUGAGCACACCGGAGAUGCCCUCCAGACCUUCUCACAGUAGGAGGUCCAGCACGGGGAUGGAUGACACAUGUUCGACAUCGACUGGGAUCCUUACAGCAUUCUGAUCCACUAAAGGAAGUACUGGCCCAAGACUGACCGCUAAACAGAAGAAAAGUCAUCCAGAAGCCAACGAUAAAAGGACUUUACUUUUCAACCUUUCCAUCCAGGCUGGAAUGAUGUUGUGGAAGAAGUUUGCCUACCACUUGCUUUCGUUGGCAGCCCUACUGGUGGCAGUGGGCUGCAGCGGGGGGGAGCAUAGAAAAGGGACAGAUGGCAGUGCCAGCAGCGCAGGACAGGGUAGCACAGGUGGCAGCACGAGUAGCAGCAGUAGUAGUAGUAGUAGUAGUGAAAGUAGUAGCAGCAGUAAUCGGAUGUACCACAGAGUCCAGCAUGGACAGUGCACCUACACCUUUAUCCUACCUGAGGGCGACGGCAGCGGAGGGAGUUCGUGCCAACAAGGGAAAGCCGCGACGCAGUUUAACAGCGCCAAUGCGCUGCAGAGAGACGCUCCACCACUGGAAGAGGACUUCGCUUCCCAGAAGAUCCAACACCUGGAGCACGUCAUGGAGAACUACACUCAGUGGCUGCAGAAGAUUGAAAACGACAUAAAGGAGAGCAUGAAGACAGAGAUGGCCCAGCUGCAACAGAGUGCCGUUCACAACCACACGGCCGCCAUGUUGGAGAUGGGCACCAACCUCUUGUCCCAGACGGCCGAGCAGACCCGCAAGCUAACGGAUGUAGAGACGCAGGUUCUGAACCAAACCUCCAGACUAGAGAUUCAGCUGCUCGAGAACUCCCUGUCCACCAACAAGCUGGAGAAGCAGCUCAUGGUACAGACCAACGAGAUCCGAAAGCUCCACGACAAGAACGGGUUCAUGGAGCAGAAGAUGCAGGAGAUGGAGUCUCGUCACCGGGAGGAGCUGGGGACGCUGCGGGAGGAGAAGGGAAGCCUGCAGGCUCUGGUGGGGAAACAGAGCGGGGUGAUCCGUGAGCUGGAGACCCAGCUGACCAGGGCCACGGGCAACAGCACCGCCAUGCAGAGGCAGCAGCAGGAAAUGAUGGACACUGUGCACAACCUCAUCAGCCUCUGCAACAAGGACGGAGUAGUCCCAAACAGCACGAAGCGGGUGGACGAAGAGAAGAAGUUUCGGGACUGUGCCGAUCUGUACCAGGCUGGUUUCUACAAGAAUGGGGUCUACACCAUACAUAUUAAUGCCCAGGAGACCAAAAAGGUACAUUGUAACAUGGAGACCGCUGGCGGCGGAUGGACGAUCAUCCAGCGCAGAGAGGACGGCAGCGUGGACUUCCAGAAAACGUGGAAGGAGUACAAGACGGGCUUUGGGACGGUUUCUGCAGAGCACUGGCUGGGGAAUGAGUUUGUAUACCUGCUGACCAGCCAGAGGCAGUAUGCCCUCCGUGUGGAGCUCACCGACUGGGACGGACACCAGGCCUUCUCCCUGUACGACCGUUUUCACAUCGAUAGUGAGAAACGCAACUACAGACUGUUCCUGAAGAGUCACAGUGGGACAGCGGGCAGGCAGAGCAGUCUGGUGAUCCACGGGGCAGACUUCAGCACCAAAGACAUGGACAACGACAACUGCAUCUGCAAGUGUGCCCUCAUGCUCACAGGGGGUUGGUGGUUCGAUGCCUGCGGCCCGUCCAACCUCAACGGAAUGUACUUCACCAAAGGGCAACACGUCGGGAAGCUAAAUGGCAUCAAGUGGCACUACUUUAAGGGUCCCAGCUACUCGCUACGAGCAACAACCAUGAUGAUUCGUCCGCUGGACUUCUCCUAGACAUCGAGUGCGUCCAGAAUGGCACCCUAUUCCCUAGAUUGUGCAAUACUUUUAAAUGAGUGCACAGUAUAGGGAAUAGGAUGCCAUUUCAGGUGCAACGUUAGAGUUUCUCCCCACACUCUCUGUACGGCCAAUGGGACAACUAGAUUAGGAGGAACUCUUCCUGCUUUACCCUGUUACUAUCGCCUCACCAUAACGACUUUGGAGUUUGUCCGGAGGGGAACUCUACAUCACCUGGCUGUUGCUUGGUAACGUUACUCCAGGUGUCAGCCUGGAAGUGUGGUUGGAGAGAAGAGGGCUUGUGGAAUGAGAGAGGAUCUCGUCUUAUCGUAGAGCUAAACUGUGAGUGAUGAACUCCUUGCGAAGUUGGAGGACAAACUGCUUCGCUCUUUUCUUAUAUUUGACGCAUGGACUCAAGUAGAGUUCAGCUCUCACCCCAGGCCUGUGGACUAUUGGGGUAGACUUCUCUCCUUUUUGGGAACUGACUGCAACAUUGCAGCUUUGUCUGCAUAUGUAGACUGUAUGACAGACCACGCAACUACCCAUAGACUGCAUGACAGACUGCAUAGACGCCUUCAGACUACACGACUCCCUAUGCGCAUCUGGAAUGUUCUCACAACCAAAUGGGAGAUAUAGGCAUUUUUAUAGAGGUGUUGCACCAAGACAUUGGGACAUUGAACAAUGUUUUGUAUUUCAUGCUUUUUAUUCCUAUAUAGCCUAAUACAUUUGGAAUGACAUGAUGUUUGUUUUUUUACAUAAGUCACUCUGGAUCGUUUCUGGAGAGGAAAAGUCACAAGGUCACAAGGUCACCGUCAGUAUAAAAUGUUGGUCUUAUAUGUACUGCGGACUCCAAAGUCAGUUCUGAGAACAAGCCUGGCUCAGUCAAUGGUUUUGCUGCCACUUAUAUAGUUCUUGUCCUGCCAGAGUGCUCUGAUUAUUUUCAAAGUUCAAAAUGCCACGUUAUUAUUGGAUUUGGCAACUGACGGAGAUUUAUCUGCAUUUGGUAUUGGCUGACAAACUAUGUCUGCCAAGGCAAAAAAUGUGGUGAUCUUCUUUCCUCAUUUAAAUAUGAAAAAUAAUAUACUGUAAUGAAUACAGAUAAAUAAAUAAAUAAAUAAAUAAAUAAAUAAAUAUAUAUAUAUAUAUAUAUAUAUACACACUGCUCAAAAAAAUAAAGGGAACACUUAAACAACACAAUGUAACUCCAAGUCAAUCACACUUCUGUGAAAUCAAACUGUCCACUUAGGAAGCAACACCGAUUGACAAUAAAUUUCACAUGCUGUUGUGCAAAUGGAAUAGACAAAAGGUGGAAAUUAUAGGCAAUUAGCAAGACACCCCCCAAAACAGGAGUGAUUCUGCAGGUGGUGACCACAGACCACUUCUCAGUUCCUAUGCUUCCUGGCUGAUGUUUUGGUCACUUUUGAAUGCUGGUGGUGCUCUCACUCUAGUGGUAGCAUGAGACGGAGUCUACAACCCACACAAGUGGCUCAGGUAGUGCAGUUCAUCCAGGAUGGCACAUCAAUGCGAGC